GUACAUUUAGUCCAUUGUAAUCAACAAUUUUCUGGCAAGAAAUGGAUAGUGCUAUGCGCUGGUGGGUCGGGUUGGAUUAAUUACCCUUUCCAGGCCAGUAUAUACCACGCUUACCAUAUGUUUAUAGACCACGGUAUACCCAAAGAAAAUAUCAUAGUAAUGCAUUACGAUGACCUGGCUCACAAUAAACUGAACCCAACACCCGGUGUCAUUGUUAAUCAAAUCAAUGGCAGUGAUGUCUAUAACGGUGUACCAAAAGAUUAUGUCAAAGACAUGGUUACUCCAGAGGUAGAGUUUGGUGGAAACAACUUUUUGGGUGUCCUUAGAGGUGAUCCCAAAUUAAAGGCCACCGGAAGUAAAGUGGUUGAGAGCGGACCUAACGAUCAUAUAUUUGUGUUCUUUAUGGACCAUGGAUUUGUUUCGUUUCCAAACGGAAAGCUAUUUUCCGAAGACUUAAUUAAUACACUCAAAGAGAUGCACCAAAACAAUAGAUACGCUAAACUGUUAUUUUAUUUAGAGGCCUGUCAUUCAGCCUCAAUGUUUGGCGGUUUACCAACUGAUAUCAACGUGUAUGCCGUGUCAUCAUCCCGGGCCAUUGAGCUCAGUUAUGCCUGUUGUUUUGAUGACUAUCGGAAGGCUUAUGUGGGUGGGUUUUUUAGUAAUAACUGGUAUGCGAACAGUGAGGCCAAUGAUUUCAAUGUCGAGACUGUUGAUGAACAGUACAAAUAUAUAAGCGAGAGAUAUAUUGUACCUGAUCAAACAAAUAUUCCCAAAAAUAUGACUGAGCAUGCAACACACUAUGGAGACCUCUCUAUUGGACAAUUAUAUCUCUCGGAAUUUUUCGGGACUAAAACUCCACCAAAAGUUUUUGUAAACAAUAAAAAUGAUUUGCCAGAUAACUGUGAUUUCGUGAACACUAGAGAUAUUGGCAUACAUUUGCUGCAUAAGAAUAUUGAGUCGACUGAUAAUAUUAGUGAGAAGCUGAGAAUCCAUAUCUUUUGGGAAAAA